ACUGAAUCGGGCGCGCGCGCUGAGGGAAGGCUCGACGAUCAUCACAGAGUCCUCACGUCACGGAUCCGCAGCGAUAGAGAUGCCCAGGUGACAGGCGGCAGCAGAAAGAGUGGGACCACACUCGCAUACAUUUUUCGCAUUUCUUUCUACGCCCCCACCCCCUCCACCCGACACGACCGCCUCUUCUUCACGGACGGUUCGCUCGCGAUGGGAUUCCGCUCGACGUCGUCCCCGCCACCCUCCAACCUAGAGGAUUUGUCCUAACCACACCCGGCCCUUCUUCGGAUCAAGGAUUGCCAGUGAAGACCCCGAGGGUUCUCCAUCAAGACCCAAAUGCGCGGCCCAGUCUGAGGGAGCAGGAGGAGGAGGAGGAGGAGGAGGAGAGGGCCAAAGAAGUGAGGACAGCGUCCCCGGUUCGCAGACGGGAUGAGCGGUGGAGCGGAGCAAGUCGACAUUCUGACCGUGCUCUCCCUGGUCAAGGAGCGAUGGAAAGUGGUGAAGAAGAUCGGAGGCGGCGGGUUCGGGGAGAUCUACGAGGCGGUGGACCUGCUGACGCGGGUCAGCGUGGCGCUGAAGGUGGAGUCGGCCCAGCAGCCCAAACAGGUGCUCAAGAUGGAAGUCGCCGUGCUCAAGAAGCUGCAGGGUAAAGACCACGUGUGCCGCUUCGUGGGAUGCGGCCGCAACGACCGUUUUAACUACGUGGUAAUGGAGCUUCAGGGUCGUAACCUGGCUGACCUGAGGAGGAGUAUGAGCCGGGGAACCUUCAGCAUCAGCACCACCCUGCGUCUGGGAAGGCAGAUCCUGGAAGCCAUAGAGAGCAUCCACUCUGUGGGCUUCCUGCAUCGCGACAUCAAACCGUCCAAUUUUGCAAUGGGCCGCUUCCCAAGCACCUGUCGAACCUGCUACAUGCUGGACUUUGGUUUGGCCCGUCAGUUCACCAACUCCUGCCAGGAGGUCCGACCUCCUCGGCCAGUGGCAGGCUUCAGGGGAACGGUCCGCUAUGCAUCUGUCAAUGCACACAAGAAUAAGGAGAUGGGCCGUCACGAUGACCUGUGGUCUCUCUUCUACAUGCUGGUGGAGUUUCUGGUCGGUCAGUUGCCGUGGAGGAAGAUCAAGGACAAAGAACACGUGGGGAAGCUGAAGGAUACCUACGACCAUCGUCUGAUGCUCAAACACCUGCCGGCAGAGUUUGGCGUAUUCUUGGAGCACAUCGCCAGCCUCGACUACUUCACUAAGCCUGACUACCAGCUGCUGAUGUCAGUGUUUGACAACAGCAUGAAAACCUACAACGUCGUGGAGAACGACCCUUACGACUGGGAGCGGACCGGCACCGACGGCACUUUGACCAUCAUUGCCGUUGCUACAACGCCGCAACAUCACACCCGCCUCACUCCGGCACACAUGGGGAUGGCAAACGCCUCCCUGAUACCCGGCGACCUGAUGAGGGAAAACACGGACGAGGUUCUGCAGGACGAGCAGCUCAGCGACGUGGAGAACAACCCCGCUCCGGAGCGCCUGCCGGGUUCUCCCCUCCACCUGCAGCGCAACCAGGAGGCCGACGUCUGGGAGGAGCUGGACCGCAACCGCAACCGCAUCCGGUCGGCAGUCUGGAAGGCGGCAACGGAGGAGGAACACAGCAACAUCCCGGGCAGCCAUGGACACCAGAGCCCCUACCCCGGCCCGAGCCUGGGAUCCCCGGUCAAACUGCAGUCUGAUGUGGGGGCUCCGGACCGUGAUGGGCCCCUGCUGAGGAAGCUCCGCAAUAUUCACAGUUUUGACCUGGAGAGGAGGCUGACCCUAGAGGCCAAGCCCAGUCCCGAGCGCUUCCUGGAGACCUGCUCAGGGAAGCAGCAGCAAGCUGGCAACCAGCACCAGGAGAAGGAAGGGGACGGUGCUGCUGUCGUCCCGGUAGCUCAGGGUCAAGCGGACCCUGCCGGGGAGCGUCCUGAUAGGGUCUGGCACUACGAUGAGGAGUUCCUGUCCGGUGGUGGUUCUCCUAAACCGGCGUCCUGUGGAUCUGUGGAGCAGGGAGAGGGGGGGGUCAUCAGCGGGGGCUUUGUGGCCCUCAAUCUGAGCUCGGGGAGGCACGACGUCGACUCAAGGGAGUGGGUCAUGGUGGAGCGGCCCACUGGCUCUCCGGGAGCCAAGGUCGCCACCAGCCCCUCAGAGGAGGACGAGGAGCCUGAGGUGCUCCAGCUAGGGGACCAGUCCCCCGGGUGGGAAAGGGGACAUCCGGGGCCCAACCCCGGCAAAGCUAAACAAGAAAGCGUGGCUUCCUCCAAGGGAAGCGCGAAAGUCGACAAGUUGGAGCUUAGCGUGGGUCUUGUGGGGGCUCUGCCACCCGUCACUCCGACAAGCCCAGCUGAAGCUCUGGCUGAGGGAGUUCUCACGCAGCUCCCCACCUCUCCUCCAUCCCUGCCUGAGGAGGUCGCCAUGCGGACACGCAGCCCCGUCCCGCUGCGCUCUCCCAGCCCUCACACACUCCUGACCACCUUAUCGGACCCUUUGCACCUGCGCCAGCAUCCAAGCAUGAGGCGUAGCCAGUCUGUCGACCCCCAGCAGCAGCAGCAGCAGCAGCAGCAGCAGCAGGAGGAGCGCCCCUCCUCCGCCUCAUCCUGCCACGCCUCCCUACCACUGCCACUGCCAAACCCCGCCCCCGGCGCCCGUUCCCCCGGUCGCAGGAAACUGCCGGCCAUCCCGGCGGGCGCCGCCAACGCCAAGUUUCCCUCUGUCAUACGCAUCACUCGUGCCCAGCUCCAGCAGUUGACCGCUCAGCGUCCCUCGGGGCCGUCCUCCCAGUCAGGAUCAGAUGGCGGGCCACAGUGCCUCCUGCUGGAGAGGCUCGGCGAGUCUGAAGCCGAGGCUCGGCAGGUCCAGGAGCACACGGCGGACAUCAGCUCCCCCCAGGAGCAUGUGCUCACCCGUCCGGGGACACCCACGGACCCUCUGGCCGAGAUGCUGGUCAACGGACACAUCCACAACAAAGCUCAAAGCCCGAACCGCGUGUCCUCCCCGCGCUCCCCUCUCUCGCCUCCUCUGCGCUCGCCUUCCUCUCCACGCUCUCCUCUGCGCUCGCCUUCCUCUCCACGCUCUCCUCUGCGCUCGCCUUCCUCCCCGCGCUCUCCUCUGCGCUCGCCUUCCUCCCUGCGCUCUCCCCGCUCCCCUCACAGCCCUGUGUUUUCCAACGGUCACCCCCCUCCUGUUGGAUGCCAAAGGGAUUCGAGUAGUGGAGCUAACCCCAAGCUGAAAGACCCUGAGAAGGACUCUGGCCCGACUCUCUGCCCCUCAGAGCCUCAGUUAUGGGGCGAGGUUAGUAGAGAAGAAGACGACCACGGCCCAGAUCAGACAAAAGGGCCAGUCUCCUCCUCCUCCUCUCCGGUGGCCGUCCGCAAGGACCCCAGCCGGAGGCAGAGUCGCAUCCCAGUCCUGGAGCCCUCCAGCCUGCUUGAGCUCCCUCCUGCAGGGUCUGCGAAGGAGAAACUCCUGCAGAAGAAGGCUAACCACCAAGGCCCCGUCCCGUCUCCCACCGCCUCGCCCUCGCUCUCCGAUAGGCGGGGCCCCGCGGCGGCCUCCCUGGCUCGGGACCCGUUGUCCUCCGCCUCCGACCGCUCUCAGGACGAGGACUCUCUCAUGGGCUCCCGUUCCGACCGCCAGGGGGACGACGCUGCUUCCCUCUCCUCCUCCUCCAGCCCUCUGUCCCGCAAGAGCCGGAUCCCUCGUCCCGUUCAUCCCGCUUCUUCCGCCGAGCAGCUGGCUGCCCAUUUCCUGCCGCGCCCGCCACCUGGGAAGCCACCGUGCCGCCCCACAGCGGAGGGCAGGCUGAGGCGCUUACGCAUCCGAGCUGGCAGCAACAGCGACUCAGACCUCCUGACGUGCCUUGCUCAGUUGAUGCACGGCUCCCGGGGAUCGCCGCUCCACCAUCGCUCCUCCGCCCAGCACGGGGGCUCCCGGAUGGGCGUCUGCAGCCUGACGAGCUCGCCGCACCACCACCACCACCACCGCAGCUCCAGCGCCUCGCCGCGCAGCUCCUCCUCCCUGCAGCGCUCCGUCAGCUCCUCGCCCUCACGCCACGAGCACCGCGGCGGCGGGGGCGGGGGAGGGGGUUGCUUAGGCCGCAGCCGCUCGCCUCCCAGCUUCUCGGGCUCGCCGCCUCCGCGCCGCUUCCACACCACUCACCACCAGGACAUGUGCUGCAGCCGGCAGGCUCGCACCGGCCCCUUCCACCUGUCCAAGGGUAAAGGCUGUAGCCGAGAGGGCAAGUGCUCCAGCAAGCUGAGCAGAUAGUGUCGCUCCGCGUCGCGCUGCCACAGCCUACGGAUGGGAGGACUCUUAUUAUGAUAGGGUAGACCUCAGGCUCCUUCCUGUAUAAGUUUCCCUUUUUCCCCCCAGUGUCAACCUUACAGUUGUCCCGCUGUUCCUGUCCACCCAGGCUCGUUCGUUUGUAUGCCCAUCUUUGAAGGGGCUCUCUGGCAAUUAAGUAACGAACUCCCAUAAAGUCUGACUGAGAGACAGAAUAAUUUUUUUUUUUAAAGCGAUCAAAACCUGUGCAGCAGCAACUGCGAUAUCCACACCUUUGGUCCGUUAAGCUCUAAAAAGGCUGGUUCCUACAUUUACCAUAAUGCAUCCCUAUAGCAGAAGGGCCAAACUUCUAUCAAAACAAAAAAUGCUCUCUGUUAAAAAGUGUCAAACUCGCUCUGAUAUGUGCGGACUGAAAACUACUCUUCAGGACGAGCCAGCUGAGCCGCGCGUGUAAGUGGGGUGGGAAACUUAUUAGACAAACGAUAUGGACAUGUCAGGGUUCUCAUUUCAUUCAUAAUAGUACAGCUGCUAAAUAAAAGCCAGUGCGGCCAUUACUAUGAUAUGUAAUACAUAGUUGGUUGAGCCAUUGGGUGCAUGAAUAAAUCAGUUCGCUGUCUAUUCAUCUCCAUGCAUCCUGUGCCACAAUAUAUAUGACUUAUUUAUCCCCGGUAUUGAUGCACUUGGAUGAUACUGAUGGAAUUUCAGUAUAGCUGAUCACGACUACAUUGGAAAUUGGGGUUGACUCCGAUGUCUUUUCUGCAUUCGGAGGUGUACUUAAUGCUGUGUGAAUGCAAAUAGCCAGAAUUGAUGUACAGUUAUAUUUAUUGAGAUAUUUAUUUUGAUGCUUAGCGACGCUAUCGACUCCCACCCUCCUCCGUGUGAACGUGGAUGUGUGGUUUUGUUUCCCUCACAUUAGUUUUAAGUGUUUCAAAUCAAAGGGAUUACUCCGAAGUGACCCUUUUUAUACAAUCAAUCAUGUCAAGUGCGUGAGGACAAACACCUUUUUGUGCCUACUGUGUUGCUAAGAAGGACUCCAAAUGACCCAGUGGCUGAGGGCCUUCAUGGUUAGAAAGGUGACGGGUUGUUCAGUGGUAGCAGAAGUAUAACCAAGCAACAUGAGGUGCAUUACUGAUGCGUAAUAUUAAGACACAGAUGUUUGUCUCAGCGCGUGCCUUGGCACUUUGGGCAGCUUGAAGAUCCGCUUUUGUUUGUAAUGAGACAAAAAAAGGAGCCAAACACUUGUGCCAGCGUUUUAAAGACGACCCUUUUCACCGGUAUUCUUUAAAUGUGGAAAAGGUAGCAACACAAAUGUUUGUAAAUCAACUGCAAUUUCAACAGCAGUUAUCUGGAGUAGCUAUUGUUUGUAUUGACUAAAAGGAAUUAUUUCAAGGUCAACCUGUCAUUGCUGUGCUGUGUGUAGCUACCAGGUUAGUGUUGGGGACACAACUUUGAAAAUAAAUGUGAAUUUCAGACCUCUAACAACAUUUGGUCAAAUAGUAUAGAAAACAGGCCAUAUGUACAUAUACUUACAUAUUUAUCACACUAAAAGGCUGUUCCAUGCUCCCGUCUGCGAGAAUGUCUUUCAUAUGAUGACGUGUGGUAUGUUCAUGCACAAGAGAAGGAGGAGUCAGAGUAUUGUUUGUGUUUGAUGUAGUCAGGAUUCCUCACGGAAACGCUCCUCCACAACCUCCCACCGCUCCUCUGCUCGUAAGAUACUGUAUGAUAACUCCUUCCAAGGCUACUAUUUGCAUGCACAACAAAGAAAACACCAAAUUAAGUACUGAGUGAAACGCCAAUUACCACUUUCCGUCACGCGUCACCUAUCUUGGGAAGAUUUUAACCCAUCAUCACCUUUUAAAUAUAUUUCCCAUCACAAUAUUAUUUCACCAUUGCUCCUCCCACGUCAUGUGUGACUAGUUUUCUGCGCUUCCUGCACUGACCCGGGAUGUAUUGUGUUGGUGGAACAUGACAGACUGUAUUUUUUACCAGUGUAAUGAACGUACAUGAUGCUUAAAAAUAAUCAAGCCAAAAAAUAAUAACAGAGAAACGUUUUUGCUGUGAUGGAAGCACUUGUAUUGUGAUAGCAGUUACACCCUCCAACAAGACAUGGCUGCACAUUGCCAAAUAUUUUGAUGGAUUUCAGAUGUGGUUUAAAUCAAUCAAUCAACAUGCAAUGAAUAUGGGAGCGUAUGGUGAUGGAAAGGGGGCACAUUGCUGAUCUUGCAGAUACCUACGCGACCCUCACGCGGCAGCUUUGAUGACUCCUCCUGAAUCCAGACAGCGUUCAGUCAGUCAGUCGCCUUAAAGUCUCCUCUCUGCCCCUCUGUGCAUAGCGAGGGAUGACUGAGCCUUGUCUGUGUUGGACAUCAUUCCACUAUUCGGCCGAGCCAAGCCCACCCGUCACAUCUCUUGUACGUAAAUGGCAUGUGGCACCACUAUAGAGACCAUAUGCCACCACUAAUUGCUGAUUGAGAACUGUGCUUCUACCGGAGAGAUUCCUGUUUUGUUUUUUCCUACGAGUGGAGGCCAUUCAUCGAAGGUGAAAAUGGAAAAUUUGUCAUUGACGCAUUCAAGGUGUGUUUGUUAGUGUGAUGACCGUGUGCUCUCAAACGUGUGAUCUCUAAACGUCGCCAGCAAUCAGACUUUGAAUGCUCCCUCUUUUAACUCACUACUUUAAGAUAUUUCAGCUUUGCUGUUGUGCAGACUUUUAAUAUAUACUUGUAAAAUAUGAAGUCAUUAUAUAAAUACAAUAAUUAUUGUUAAACCAUAACAUGUACUCUAACAGGCUUCAGUGCAACAGAAGAAAAGAGCGCUCCGGUUUCUAAAAGAUAAUCAGAUUUCCAGGUUUUUAAAAUUGUUAUUGCAUAAGUAGUGUGAAGUUGUACUAGUGUUACUCUCCAAAUUAUAUUUUCUUUGGCACUUUUCAAAGUGGCCUGUUUAUAGCAGAGUGUCAUGUGUAUAUAGUAGCUUUCUGGGUAUUUGUGCUAACAGAUACCUACAGGACAAACCUAGCGGUUUUAUUUUAUUUUGAAAAGUGAGAUGGAAACUAAUGGAAGCUAUGGCUCUUAUGGCAUAACACCAAAUUACUUUUUAGUAUAAUUUAUGAAUACAAUAGAAGUUAUUUAUUGUCCCAUUUGCCCAUCCAUAAUUUUGACUUGUCAGGUUUUUUUCAUGGUUGGUAUUUUGUGUUGUAAUGCUUGUCAUGGUUUUUAAAUGUAAAAAUGAAUGAAAGAAUGUAACAAGAGUUUUGCAUUGUAUAUAACUGUAAUUAUUUGUUUAUUCUAUCAUUUGUAUCAUAUCAAUCCCUUGUACAGUGUUUUUUUUCUUUUUUGUUUUAAAAUUAUUUUGUAUUUUAUUUUUAUAAACUGGUUAUAAUUAAAAUACUCAUUCCGCAUGCAGACCAAAUCUUGAGAACGAUUUCC